AUGGAAACAGGUGAGAUCGUGAGGUUGACAGUGGUCAGAGGUCAUGAUGGUCAGCUGGGCUUCAGUGUGAGAGGAGGAUCUGAACAUGGACUCAGUGUUUUCAUCAGCAGAGUGCAGAAAAACAGCGCUGCAGAUCUGGCAGGUCUGUGUGUUGGUGAUAAGUUAUUGGAGGUGAACGGUGUGAGUCUAGAGAACCUCAGUAUGAGCAGCGCUGUGAAGGUGUUGACGGGUCACACUCGCCUGCGAUUGGUCAUUCAGCGGGUUGGGCGUGUACCUGGAGUGCGCUACACUAAUGAGAAAACCACAUGGGUGGAUCUGAUUCAUCGUCGAAUGGUGGUAGAGGAAUCAGACGCUAGUGUUUCAGUGUAUAGUUCAGAUGGAGCUCUGUGUCGAACGGUUCACCUGCAUCUCUCUCACAGUCAGCCCUGUCUGGGCCUCAACAUUCAGGGAGGACGAGAGUACAAUCUGGGGAUCUAUGUAUCCAAGUUGGAUCCUGGUGGUCUGGCGGAACAGGGCGGAGUAAAAAUGGGGGAUCAGAUCCUGUCAGCAAAUGGCGUGAACUUUGAAAAUAUCAGCCAUAAUAGAGCAGUGGAAGUGCUGAAAAGUCAAAAUCAUGUUAUACUGACUAUUAAAGAAGCAGGCAGGUAUCCAGCAUACAAAGAAAUGGUAACCGAAUUAAGCUGGAUGAAUAAAUCAGGCAGUGGAACAAUCUAUUCAUCCUCUCAAGGGUCGGAUUCUCACUCGUCCGCAUCCUCUCUCUCCUCUGGGACCCCUCUCAGCUCUAUGAGCGGUCUCUCUCAAGCUACUCUCCCAGUUAACGUGCCCUUAAGAGCCAAAAUGUCUGACGUGAGCGGCUCCGCUGAGGCUCAGUUUCCUCCAGACCUCACUGAUUAUGACUGUGAGUCAGAGCGACUGCGGACGGUGAGCCGAGGAGCCACUGAACUGUUGCAGGACUCUGUGAUCCGGACUGCUGGAGGAGAGGAGAGGAGCGAGGGCAGGAAAACAUCUCUACUCGUCGCUCUGAGUCGACCCAGUACUCCGAUAAGCCGAACAAGAAGUCACGUGACUGAGUCAGAGGAACAGAAGAAACAGCAGAAACAGACAGAACGAGGAGAGGAGAGAGGCGGUCCACUACGGCGCUCAAAAACGUUCUUCGGUCUGUUCCGAAAGAGAGACUCCUCGAGAUCCCGCUCCAGAUCUCCCUCAGAGAGAACUCUGGGCAGGUAUGAUAAUGAUGUGUGUGCGCAGGACGCUCUGACUCAGGUGCGAGUAAUGUCCGUCAGACUGCUGGAGGAUGAAGAUGUGUCUGAACUCAUGGACAUCUGUCAGAGGUAUGUGUCCGACCGAGAGCUGGAGACUCUCGUACACGCGCUACUGGCGAUCCUGAACACGCCAGAGAAACUUCUGCUACUCCGAGAGAUCAGACCGCUGGUCUCCUCUGAUGAUCUUCCUGGUUUUAACCGCACGCUGGCUCCAUAUGAAGAAGAAGCUUAUGAUAUUCUGAAGAGUCGCUCACGUGAAAGCUCUCCACUGCGUUCCCCUCAGACAGGCCACGCCCCCAGACGCCACCUCAUUACACCUGUACCAGAUCUCAAUGGCGGGUUUGAAUCAGAUGCUGUUGAAGACGUGGAGAGACAGAAUGAUCUUCGAGAAGGUCUGGAGCAGCUCCGCGUGUCCGGUUAUUCUGAACAGAAUGAAUCUCUGCAAACAUCCAGAUCUUUCAGUCCAUUGGUGGACAUUCCUGUGGACACUUUCAGUCACACAGAUUCAUUAAGAUCCUCCAGGACAUCAACUCUCCUACCAAACUGGCUACUGGCUGAGAACACCCAUUCAGACUCUCCCCAAACAUCAGACAAUGGUUUUCCUCAAUCUGAUGCUGUGUCUGUUCACUCGGGUGAAUCCAUCAGCUCAAGAAGGGGACGACUUCCGUUCAGCAAUGCACAUUCAAAGAGCAAUACAGACUGGACAGGGAGAGACAGACAGGAUGUGUUAUUCACUAUAGUGGACAUGCCCCGCCACAAGAGGCCGCUGCUGUCUCAGGUGUUUGGUUCCCUGAAAAAGUCCCACAGCUCUGCAGUGACACCUACAGGACAGUGUGCACAACAGCAGCUCCAUGAAACACGUGACCGUGACAUCCACAUUGAGCAAGAGUUUGAGCUCACUACAGUCAACAUCAGCAAAACCAAACAGUCUCUGGGAAUCAGUAUUUCGGGGGGAGCAGAGUCCAGGGUGCAGCCAAUGGUAAAGAUUGAGAGGAUUUUCCCAGGUGGAGCCGCAUCCACUAAUGACGUCCUGCGGGCCGGUUUUGAGCUGGUGUCAGUGGACGGCGUGUCUCUUCAGGGGGUCACUCAUCAGGACGCAGUGGAGAUCAUUCGACAGGCCUUCAGUAAUAAACACAUCGACCCGAUGGAGCUCGUCGUCAAAGUCCCCAAAGACCUCAGAGUGUCAUGAGAUCAAAUGUGCCGUACUGCAUGUGUGUACCACACGUGAAGAACUACAUUCAACCACAUCAGUUUAAGUCCGUUUUUAGGACCACAAUGUGGGAAAAAAAUCAAAUGACUGUGAUGUGUGUGUGUGUGUGUGUGUGUGUGUGUGUGUUUUAUUCUUACACUCAGUUGUGAUUCUCACUUUAAUACACUGUUUCUCUUAAUUAAAUCAUCAUAAA